CACCAAAAAGAGGGGACACAGCAGUGGUAAAAUCUCAUGAACUAAAUCAAAAAUUGGAAACAUCAGCUCUGUUUUCAGAACACGACAAUAGCUUAUUGUCAAAAGUCGCCGUGAAUGUUUUAUGGUUCUAAUAAAGCUUCGUUGAACUGUGCAUAAUUGAGAGAGAGAGAGAGAGAGAGAGAGAGAGAGAGAGAGAGAGAGACAGGGAGUCACCAGCGGGGGUCACUUCGCCGCGUGCGUUGGGCAUUUUCACGCUGCUUUUUCGCGGAGCUGUUCGCGGGGACUAAAAUGCCCGUCUGAUCCGCAUCGGUCUGCCGGGGAGUCACCGAGGAGUCGGCCGGACAUGAGCUGCGGAGAUCCGGGUCCCAGCAUCCAUGAAACCAGUCGACGCGUCUCCUCCGCUCCCGUGCGCGUGAGAGCCGUGACCGGGGCCGGUUGGACGGGGGCUCCCGGUGUGUCCGGUCGGGAGGUAGACCUCUGAAGCUCGAGCAACUUGAAGAACUGUAGAUUUGCAUGCAUCUGUGCCAAGAAACUGCGGUGCGGUGUGGGGCUUCUGCAAAUGAGACACAAAGAGGUUUCUGAAUGAUGGAGGCGGGAGCCGAGCGAGGACGCUCGCAGGGGAAUGGACACAGUGACGCCGCGGCCGGGGAACCGCGCUCCUCUCCCUGCACCAGCCUCAAGAUGUUUCUGGCGGCUCUGUCAUUUGCUUAUUUUGCGAAGGCACUGUCGGGGAGCUACAUGAAGAGCACAAUAACUCAGCUGGAGAGGCGCUUUGACAUCCCCAGUUACCUAAUAGGCGUCAUCGACGGGAGCUUCGAGGUCGGCAACCUGCUGGUCAUAGCUUUUGUCAGUUACUUCGGGGCCAAGCUCCAUCGGCCAAAGAUCAUUGCAGUGGGUUGUGUCCUGAUGUCCAUCGGCACCUUCAUUAUCGCCCUGCCUCACUUCAUCAUCGGACGUUAUGAAUUUGAAACAUCGGUGCGAUGGGUGGUGAACUCGACACAUAACCCCUCUCCGUGUCCGGUGGCCCUACAGACAGACCUGACCCAAGAUGGUAAAGGACCAGCCUCAGGUUGUGAGGGCGACUCGUACCUGUCCAUGUGGAUCUAUGUGCUCCUGGGAAAUGUCUUGAGGGGAAUUGGGGAGACGCCUGUUCAGCCUCUUGGAAUCUCCUACAUAGAUGAUUUUGCUAGUGAAGAGAAUGCCGCUCUCUAUGUUGGCUGUGUGCAGACCAUUUCGGUGGUUGGACCCGUGUUUGGCUACCUGUUAGGCUCCCUUUGUGCCAAAAUCUAUGUGGACAUCGGAUUUGUAAAAAUGGAAACUAUCACCAUCACGCCAUCAGAUUCUCGCUGGGUGGGGGCCUGGUGGCUUGGCUACCUCAUAGCUGGGGUCAUCACCCUGCUCUCCGCUAUACCAUUCUGGUUCCUGCCUCGCUCCCUGCCCGUGUCUGGACCCCGGGGCCCAGACAAAUGCACAGCAGAGCAGACCAGCUUCAUCAAAGAACCUCCUCUUGUGAAGCACAAGUAUCCUGCAGACGAAACUACAACUUUCAUAGAGAUGGCCAAAGACUUCAUCCCGACUCUGCGGACUCUGCUGGGACACCCUGUGUAUUUGAUCUACCUUUGUGUGACAAUCAUCCAGCUGAACUCGCUCAUUGGCAUGGUCACCUACAAGCCCAAGUACAUCGAGCAGCACUUCAGACAGUCCGCCUCGAAGGCCAACUUCCUCAUGGGUGUGAUCAAUAUCCCAGCUGUGGCACUGGGGAUGUUUUCUGGAGGUCUUCUGAUGAAGAGACUCAAGCUGAACAUCAUGGGAGCAGCCAGGUUUGCCUUUGGCACGUCUCUGAUCGGUUACAUCCUGUCGCUCUUCUUCUUCGCAAUGAGCUGCGAAAAUGCCGAGGUAGCCGGUGUGACGCUUCCAUACGACAGCAUGGAUGGGAUAUCUUAUGAUAAACACUCAGUGGUCGCAUCCUGCAACUCGGACUGCUUCUGUCCAUCGAGCGACUGGGACCCCGUCUGUGGAGAGAACGGCAUCACGUAUGUUUCCCCCUGUCUCGCCGGCUGCACCACCUCCGCUGGCUCGGGGAAAAACACAGUCUUCUCUAACUGUAGCUGUGUCGGUGGGGCUGGUAAUUCUACCGCCACUACCGGCCAGUGCCUUCACAAGGAGGACUGUGACGGGAUGUUCCCGUACUUCCUGGCUCUCUCUGUCGUCACUUCCUUCAUCAUCUCCCUUGGCGGCACACCGGGCUACAUGAUUCUUAUCAGGUGCAUCAAGCCACAGCUAAAAUCGUUGGCGUUGGGUUUCCAUGCUCUGGCUACGCGUACCCUCGCAGGGAUCCCCGCACCCAUCUACUUUGGAGCAAUCAUUGACACCACAUGCUUGAAAUGGGGUCAGAAAAGGUGUGGAGGCGUAGGAGCCUGUAGGAUCUACAACACCACUGCCUACAGGAUAGCCUACCUGGGUCUCACUCUGAGCCUACGGACGGUCUCGUUCCUCGUUUGCAUCCCGGGCUUCAUUCUGCUCGGUCGACAGCUGAAGAGGGAGGAGAGGAGCGCCGCCCACGGGGAUCUGGCCAACGGCGGGGCGGAGCUGGAGGCCCUCCGGAAGGAGGAGUUUGGGACUGCUAAUUCGGACCGAUCACAACAAGCGGCCGACAGCAGCAUAGACAGGGAGACGCGGCUGUGACAGAACGGGCAACACGGACUCCUCCGCGUUCCCGCCCACACACACACACACACACACACACACACACACGCGCAGGUAAACAAACGCAACCACAGACAUACAGAUACACACGGACUCAGAUUCAAUUUGCAGGGAUCAUCUCAUGUGAAGCAUCAUUUCUAUAUUUGUACUAUUGAAUCAAGGAAGGCUUUGUCAAUUUAACAGAAAUCUGAUAUUUGAGUGUACAUGCUUUUUUUUUUCCAUGUAAAAAUAUUUUUCAGAUUUGGUUGUUUGCACAAGCUAUUGGAUGGGAAAUGUGACUAACAAUUAUAAAGCUGCCUCUUUGAAUUUUUAAUUCAAAUUAAGGUUUUCUUCCCAAAAUCAGAAGGUUUAAAAAGACCAUAGAAAAGAGGUGUGGGACUAACUUUUAACGAAUAAUUAUUACGGUGAGGGAAAAUAAAUUAUUUCUCAUAAAAAUAGAAAAGAUAGAACAGCUUAUUGUAGAAAUGUGCAUAAACCUGUAUUUCAGUAUCUUAUCUUAAAAGGCUUGAUAUGACGUAUGUGCCUCAUUCACUCAACAGUUACCUCUAAAUCAUGUAUCUCACAUUUUGAACAGAUAUAUGAAUGUCAUUCCAUUUUGCUUUCACUCAUCUUUGACUGAAUGCAAGUCUAAAGACUUGUUCUGAAAGAUGUUUAACUUCAGACGGAGUCUAAAGGUUUUCUGUGUUACCUUAAGCCCAAAGUCAGGUGUGACUAUUGCAGUUUGUGGAGUGCGCUUUCUGAGCUGAAAGUGUCCCUUUGGUACUCCAUCCUACUAAAAAUGGAAAUUGUAUUUUAUUGAGAUUUACUUACCUGUUUGUUUUAGUGUAGGCUUCGCCAUAAUUGUAUAAUUUCACUGGUAUUGUUAAGAAAAAUAAAUAUUGUACCUUGACCACACAGCAUACAAAACUUUGUCAUGACACUGGUUCUUAGAAUUUGACUAAAUCUACUCAAAAUAUCCGAAUACACCUCGGCAGGUUGUGGUAUAAUACAAUUUUUGAAACAGCUGGCUGAGGCAAAUGCUUGCUUUUGUUUGUGCCAGAUGUUGUGCCUUUGGAAGGUCUGAAUUUGUACUGUUGCAUCAUUGAUGGAGAUCUCAAGAAAUGUGCAUUUAUGUAAUUGAUUUUUAUAAGGUCUGUCAUUUGUUUUUGUGUUUGUAUUUCUGAGUGUGCUUGAACUCCUGUGCAUAAACCUACUAACAGAACCAUCAUGGUCUAUUCUCAGGUUUCUACUAUCAAUUUCAUUCUCUAACAGCUUCAUCCAACAAUCAGAAACAAUCAGAAACCAUAUAAUGAAAUCUAUUAGAAUUUAUCCGUUGGCUGGUAGAAGUGUUUUUUAUCUUUGUAAAUGUACAGCAUAUCAUCAUUUUGUAACUUUACCAAAAUGGAUAUGUGCUCAUUGGGUGACUUAGUGGUGACUGAAUGGUAUUUUCGCACAGACUCGGCGAGGAGCUGUAGAGGAAGGACGUCAUUAUCUCAAUAAUGUAAGGCAUUUACUUGCAUUAAAGAAAUCAGAAUGUAAAUAAUUUUCUUGGAUUAUUUUUGUAACAUUUUGAAGAAUAUCUUAAAUGUAAUACU